GACGAUUUCAGCUGCAAAGUAAGAAAUAAUUUGCACGCGCCUUAUGUUCUCCUUUUUGGAUAAGAAACAUGCAAGCACUCUCACGGUUGAGCCGUGCUGAGAAGGUAUUCUUCUUGGUUGCUGAUGAAGAAGACAAUGAUGAUGUUUAUAUAGUGUGUUUUAACAUGAAAAAAGAGAAGAUAACCAUCCUUGAUUCGAUUGAAGAUAAAACUAAGAAAAAGAGAAUGUGCCAGUAUUUCAAUGAAACAAAUCUUGAGCAAAAAGCAAGUAAAAUUUCCAAAUUUUCUUUUAAAUUAACAAAGAAGGCAUGUUAUGGGAACAUGGAAGGUAUGGGUGUUGGUGUCAUAGCCAUGAGGCAAUUGGAAACUUUCAAGGGGAAUUUGAAUACGUGGAAGAUGGAUUUGAACAAAAAUGAUGUAAAUGGAUUAAGAAUGCUCUGUGUCCGAUAUUGCUAUGAAAUGCUCACCUCUGAUCAUAAUCAAGUUGCAGUAGAAGUGAAAAUGUAACACCCUAAUCCGUCCAGAGUCAAAAUUGGUUUAAUUGACCUUCCUCAUAAAAGGUUCACUCAUUU